AUGGCCCACUGCAGAUAUGCACAGAAGAGCAUGCCGCCCCCGGGAAGGAAGGUUGCACGGGAGCGGACCCAAAAGCACAUAUCUGGAGCUGGAGCUGGUGAGAAGCUCAAGAAGAGCCGGCAGCCUACAGAGCCACCGAAGCUAGGCUGGGCCUUGAGUGAAGAGGGGCUGGCUGCCUUGCUCCCCAUAGACCGCCGCCGCCACUUGCUCUUCGGCGACCUGCUGGACGAUGCAGAUGGGACCGCUUCCAUUUUUCCACAUGACUCUGUGGAGAUACCCUACCGCAUGCCCGACCCGCGCUCCUGGGUGCCUGCGUUCCAGCUACCAGCUGACCGGCAGGAUCGGCUUCUGGGCGUCCUCAAGGCGGCCGAGGCCCGCAGCCGAGUCCGCGCUCUGCGGUUGCGCUACACCCGAAUGCGGGCAGAGGAAAUCGCCAUCCUGGUCCAGAGGCAGGGCUCUGCGCGCGAAGCCAUCCGGUUGGAGCUGUUCCUGCCACCCUAUCUGAAGCCCACGAAGAUUCCGGAUCCUCUGGACCGACAAGAGCGGAGGCGUGUUGAGACAAUCCUGGAAGAAGACGUGGAUGGUAACAUCUUCCCGCGAUGA